UAACUCUAUUGAGAUCCUAAUAAAAUCUCUUUGAUAUCUACAGCUGAGAAUUCACGAUGACGACAAAGACAGAUCGAGACGUCGCCAAGCGAUUGGGCAGGGUUUUGUUAAAGAACGAACCAAACUGGAUUACUGGAGAUCUAGGGAACUAUGUGAAUGAUGCACACAAAAGCCCACUCCCUACAGUGGCUAUGUUUCAAGCCCCCAGAGAACCUGAAAAAGUCAAAAAGCAUAAGAUUGAAGAAGAGCAAGGACCUGUUCAACAGAGCGAUCUUUUAAAACCACUGUUGAUGGAUAUCGCCAGAGAGGGCCUAAAUUACGCUUUUCAAAAAUGGAUCCAGAAUAUGGAGGACCCUGAGCGGCAUUCAAAGACGCAAAAGCCGAAGAAAGUGAUUGUGGUUGGAGCCGGAAUGGCAGGGCUAGUCGCUGCAUUUGAGCUGGCGCAAGUUGGACACGACGUGACAGUAUUAGAGAGCCAGACGCGAGUAGGAGGCAGAGUUUACACCCUUGGGGAAAAAGAUGGUUUUGCAAAGGGACUCCACGCUGAGGCUGGUGCCAUGAGGCUACCAUGUCUCCCUGAUGCGAGGACCAAGACCCAUUUUCUCACAGAUUUUUAUGCUUCUGAGGAGCGGUUCAACCUACCCUUGGCACAUUUUGCCAACUACAGUGAGAAAGCUUAUCUCAAGUUUUAUAACGAAAACGCUGUUCGUAUAGAAGAAUGGAAUAAAGAUCCUUUGACCUGGAUGGACAAACUUUGGCCUGGAUGGGAUGCUACUUUAAUUAAAAAUGGAGUGAAAGGCAUCACAAGUAUCGAUGAAUAUUAUAAUCGCACCACUAAAGUGGUAACAGACACGCUGCUUGAUUUGCUUAACGAUCCCAGCGUUAAACCAANUUCGUCUCUUGCUGCAAAGUACCUUUAUGAAUAUUACAAUCGCACCACUAAAGUUGUAACAGAUCAACUGCUUGAUUUGCUCAACGAUCCCAGCGUUAAACCAAGCGAUGCCUGGAAUCAGUGGAUUGAUCUCUGGAGUCAGUUUUCACUUGAUGGCUUCUUACAAAGUACCUACGAAGCAGUGAUGACAAAAGUCGAGAAAAAAGUUCUCGAAAAAAAACAAAGCAUCUCUUUGACAAGCCUUGAAGAGCUCAAGAAGUACCUUCCCUGGCCUGAUGCUGCCAUCACUGCCUACUCUGUCUUCUCCUACACAGAGCAGCUUGAUCAAAGCCUUGUGCAAUACCUCCGUGAUCAACUGGGACAGUGGUGGUCAUCAGACAUGCACUGCAUCAAAGGUGGGAUGUCUUUGUUACCAGAAGCCUUCACCGAAAAAAACAACGGAGGAUGGAAUCCUGAAGUUUUCCUUCACGAUAGAAUUCACUUCAACCGUACAGUCAAAGAAAUCAUCUACAAAUUUGACGAAGAUGAUACUGAAAAUAAUCACGUGUUUGGAUUUCGACAUUCAAGCACAAGCUGUUUGCUACCUUGCUGCCUGACGGAAGUUGCAACCGGUAAGGACAUACAAGUAGAAGUCUUGUUUCUGUUGGCAGUCAAAUAA